UACACGCCAUCAAAGCAUCUUCCGGAUCAUCAACAUAUUCAAAGAUAUUUCCCCUGACACGGGUCUUGUUCAGUGGUGUUGUACAGCAUCUCAAGUGAGUCCAGUAGAACAGUUCUUGAAAGAGACGGUCCAGUGCCAGUUUCCUUGCUCUGUGGUAUCCCUAAGACUGGAGAGUGGAAUGUGACUCACAGCCGGAUACCAUAUCGCCUUUGGAGAUACGUUUUGGUGGAAUUCCGUCAAAACGACCUUGGACGUCAUUGUGACCUUGACAUGUUGUUUUAUUCCAUAUAAAGUGGAAUAUGACUUAAAUUGUCAUGGCAACGUGCUGUUACACCUAGAAGGUUCACCAUGGAAUCGGUGUUGGGGCGGCUGAGGACCGGAUCCAAACCCAAGAAAACCCUCUCACAGGCUCCUUCUAAGGAUGAUAUUCUGAAUGCCAUCGACACCUUUGAUAAAAAUGGAAGUGGCUCAGAGGACAACAACAACCUGGUGCGUAAGAGCAGUGUGGAGAGCGGAGAUGGACCGGAGGAGCUGGACUCCCCGAGCGUCAGCUAUUCCCACUCCUACAGUGCUGAGUGGGAACGUCUGUUCAACACACCUGGCUACUUGCUCAAGUUGAAGAAACAUGGAAUAGAAGGCAGACUUCGCAGUAGCAGGUUCCGAAGCGUGGUUUGGAAGGUGUACCUGGAGGUGUUGCCAGAUGACAUCAGCCAAUGGCUGAAAGUGUGCCAGGACUGGAGGAACAAGUAUGAGGUCUUAAAGAACCAGAUGAUUCAUGAGAAGCAGGAAUUGAUUGUGAAUCCCCGGAAGGCUGUAGAUCGUGUGGACAUUGCCAUCAACAACCCUCUGUCUCAAGAUGAUGAAAGUCCAUGGAACCAAUUUUUCCAGGAUAACGAACUGAGAUUAACAAUUAAACAGGAUGUGAUCCGAACCUACCCCAAAAUAGAAUUUUUUCAGUCGAACCAGUUGAGGAAUUUAAUGGUGGAUAUUCUGUUCAUCUAUGCAAAAGUGAACCCAGAUCUGUCUUAUCGCCAGGGGAUGCAUGAGUUGUUAGCUCCAUUGAUCUUUGUUCUGCACUGUGAUCAUCAAGCGUUCCUGCAUGCAUCGGAGAUCGAGACCCUCCACUACCUCCACAGCACUCACAGAGACAUCGUCAAGGAGAUCAUGAGUCCCACCCAUCUGGAACAUGAUGCAUAUGCAAUGUUCUGUCAGAUCAUGGAGACCGUCGAGCCCUGGUACACAACAAAGGAAAGUAUGACAAAGGGCAGAGAAUACAUGGUGGCUCAGCCUUUCUCCCGACCCCAGGACCUGAACCCCUCAAAUGUGAUAGUGACAAAGCUAACUCGCAUCCAGGACUACCUGCUGAAGAAGUUUGAUGCAGAACUACACCUGCAUCUAGAGCGACUCGACAUCGCUCCACAGAUAUAUGGCAUUCGGUGGGUGCGGCUGCUGUUUGGCCGAGAGUUUCCCAUGCAAGACCUCCUAGUGAUAUGGGAUGCCAUCUUUGCAGAUGGAAUCGGAUUUGACCUGGUGGACUAUGUAUUUGUUUCAAUGCUGCUUUAUAUUAGAGAUUUGUUACUGGCCAGUGACUAUGCAGCCAGUCUCAGCUGCCUCAUGAAAUAUGUACCUGUAGGAGAUGUUCACUACUUCAUUGAGAAGGCCCUGUAUCUACGGGAACCCAAUCAAUAUCCACGGCCACCCAACUAUACUUACCAGAAUGUCAACACUACCGCUGUCAAAGGCAGGAGCAGAUCUAACCAAACUAACAAACGCCACGGACAUGGAUAUGGGGGCUUCUCCUCCUUCUCACGCAAGUUUAACCGACCCCGAACACUUGCCUUCUCUAGCAAGAACUUGCCCAAAUCCUCCAGUGAGCCCAUGAACCUGCAGACUGACAUCUCACCAGCGAGCCCGGUGGUCCAAGAUGUGAAGCGAGGAUCCUCCGCCAGCUUGUCCCAGCUGGAGGACCAGAUGUUCCGCCACACUCCCUCAUCCUCCAGCCUCGCCCGCCUCGAGGUCAUCAACAGGUCCACCCAGUCUACACCCGCAGCUCGUAGCCCAGUGGGUUUCUCUGCUGAUGAAGGCUCCACACACAGUAGCCCUACUAAAUACUCAACACUGCCUGGACGGACAAAAGCAAAAGCCAAAAAACUGUCAAAAGCUGAGCAAGAGGUCCAGCUCCAAGUGUCCAAACUUCAAGGCCAGAUGAAUGACAAGUCAGCAAUGUGUAGAUACUGUUCAACCAAACUGGAUAUACACAUAGAGCGCCUGCAGAGUGAACUGAUGAAGCUGGAUCUAGAUGCGGAUGAUGAGGUCAUGCUGGCUCUGGCAGGGUCAAACAGGUCAGAGACGUCCUCAACGGCACCCUCCGCUUCUCCCAGAACCUGCUGGAUGAAGAUGAAAUUUGCAUCAGUGACAACUAUUACAAGGAUGAUCUAGUUACAUCUCCGGAGUCAGACAUAGCUGGCUCCAUAACAAGCUCCAUGACCGGCUCCUUCCACCAGCAUGGAGCCGGCAAACAUUCCGGAAAGGCAAGCGUCAGAAACUGUUCUACAUGAGUAGUGAGGAGAACUCAGAGGCAGCAGAUUCCCCUGACUCUUUCAAUGGUGUCUGUCAUCCUCAGGGCAAAGAUUACGAGUUGGACAAUUUCAUGAGGAAACGAGCAUCCAAGGACAGUAAUGCUUCUGGCGGGCCUCAGUUAAUGGUCGAGUCCACCGUGUCUGAUAGCGGGAGUCAGAGCAGCAACACGGUGCAGACUCACAGCUCGGCCUCAGAUGCCUUUGAUGUCAGUCCUAACCCACUGUACGACAUGGUAUCUCAGUGACUGUAGAAACCAGUUGGCUGUGCUCAAGGAAUACUCCACAAGGUGUAACAUUAUAUCAGGUAUAACACUGUAAACGGGCAUGCAGAUUGACAGGCAUGUCUGGAAUGUGUUUGAAGAUGUUCUCGAUUCGUGUGACACAUGGAAACACCGACUGUAUGGAGGCAUUGUGACAUCGUGUUGUGGUGCAGAUGAGGAGAACCAAGACCUUCCUAUAACACAGAAUAUGUCUGUGACCUUAUUGGUGCAUUCUGAAACUGGUGAUAGUUGAUGGGCAAAGAAUGCAGCACAGGAAAGAGUGAUGUCCAAAUACUGCAUGGUGUCUGUGAUUGAACCUGUCACAUGACUGUCAUGUGACUGUGCUACUGGUGCAUUACUACUGGCUGUUAUAUCAAGGUUCUAUGUUUGCAACAAACAUUCAGUUUCACUGGUUAAAAUUGUGUAUGGGUCUUGUACGCUCAUGGAUAUCCAUGUUUAGAAGAAAUAUCAUACACAUUCUCUAGAUUUGUGACCAGUAUGUCCAUAUUGUAGUGAUUGCAAGAUACUGGGGUGUUGUUUCCUGGCAGGACUAACACCAGUAAACACCACUCUAAUACUCACUCCUCCCAACACACACAUCCCUCCCCUCCUCCCCCAUUUAUGGCAGACACAUCCAAAAUAACUCAUCUUCAACACACACAUCUGCAUCACACUUAAACAAAAGAAAAACCUCCACAUCUUCAACACACACAUCUCCCCCCUCCCCCAUUUAUAGCAGACACAUCUCUCUCUCUCUCUCACUCACUCAUUCACUCACUCACUGCACACACUACACACACACUCACACACUCACUUAGGUACAGCUACACACCCAGUCCCCACAUCUCCACACACACAUUCCCCCGACACUGUCAGGACAGCACCUUGUGUGAGCCCAGGGUAAGGCAGUGCAGCUGCCAUGCUGUGGACAAGGACUACCAUGUCCGCAUUCAAGGGAGGUAACAACAGGAUGACUGGACCCUGGCAUAGCAUUAGUCCCCUGAAACCAAAAUUGUAGGACAUAAAUUGAUAUCAACCAUUAGGACUGAUAUUAGUUUUAGGGCAUGUAGCUGUCGGACAUGUUGAACUGAGACAGCUGUGCAGCAGAGAGGCAGCCUAGUAGUAGAAGUAGUAGCUCAUCACACAACUGACGCCUGACCCCGGAUCACAGGUUAUAGGUAGAAUAUUGCCAAAACUGACUGAAACCUGUCUCACUCCCUAACCUGAUGAUUUAUUAAUGUCAGCGCCUUCCUAAGGGACUGGUGAUGCAGGACAUGUUGAACAGUAAACGUCCCGUUCAGUGUGUACACUGACGAUAAACACCAUGAAGCCAGUAUGUAGACAAAUGCCACUGUGUUAGACAGUGGUCUGUAUUAAGCAGUGUUCAGUAUUAGACAGUGUCAGCACCUGUGUAGUGCCAGGCUUUCAACGUCCUCCGUUUGUGAGGUUUAUGCAACGUCUAAUGUUCUUCACCAUUUGGUGAUGCCACAGCCACUGUAUGCCACAUUUACACUGUAUGUCAUGUACACGCUGUAUGUCAUGUACACGCUGUAUGUCAUGUACACUAUGUGAUAUGUACGCUGUAUGUCAUGUACACGCUGUAUGUCAUGUACACUGUGAUGUACACGCUGUAUGUCAUGUACACACUGUAUGUCAUGUACACGCUGUAUGUCGUGUACACGCUGUAUUUCAUGUCCGUGCUGUGUCAUGUACACACUGUCAUGUACACGCUGUGUGUCAUGUACAUGCUGUAUGUCAUGUACACACUGUAUGUCAUGUACACUGUGUGAUGUACAUGCUGUAUGUCAUGUACACUAUGUCAUGUACACGCUGUAUGUCAGAGUAAACUGAUGCUACGUGAAAACUGUGUGCUACCUUACAGCUGUAUGACAUACUGAUCCAUAUGCCACGUAAUCCACUCACUAUUUAAGCCACUGUAGCAGUCUAUGCUUUCAUAAUCCUGAAUGCUCAUAGUAAAACCAUAUGCCCACCUCAUGCUGUAUGCCCAUUGUAAAACCGUAUGCUGAAGUAAUGCUGUAUGCCCAUAGUAAAACCAUAUGCUGAAGUAAUGCUGUAUGCCCAUAGUAAAACCAUAUGCUGAAGUAAUGCUGUAUGCCCAUAGUAAAACCAUAUGCCCACCUCAUGCUGCAUGAGCAUUGUAAAACCGUAUGCUCAAGUAAUGCUGUAUAUCCGUAGUAAAACCAUAUGCCCAUGACAUGUUUUAUGACCAUAGUAAAACUAUACGCUCAAGUAAUGCUGUAUGCCCAACGUAAAUCCAUACGCUCAAGUAAUGCUGUAUGCCCAUAGUAAAACCAUAUGCUGAAGUAAUGUUGAAAGAGCAUAGUAAAACCGUUUGCCCAUAUCAUGCUGUAUACCCCCAUAGUAAAACCAUAUGCUGAAGUAAUUCUGUAUGCCAUGGCAUAGUUAAACCAUUUGUCCAAGGCAUGCAGUAUGCCCAUAGUAUAACCCUAUGCCAACAUGCUGUAUGCCCAUAGUAAAGCCAUUUGUCCACGUCAUGCUGUAUGCCCAUAGUAAAACCAUAUGCCCACGUAAUGAUGUAUGAGCAUAGUAAAACCAUAUGCCAACAUGCUGUAUGCUCAUAGUAAAGCCAUUUGUCCACGUCAUGCUGUAUGCCCAUAGUAAAACCAUAUGCCCCUUGAAUGAUGUAUGAUCAUAGCAAAACUAUUUGCCUAAAACCAUAUGCGGAUGUAAUAAUGGUGUGCUAGCUCAAUCAAGUGUCAGUCAUGGUGCAUUACAGUGGCAGUUUCCUUAUUUCCAUGACUAUUUAUAUUGCAUUAUUGUAUCAGAUUGUUGUUAUGAUUAUUAUGAUUAUUGAUUUUAUUUUAGUUAUCAAUGACAAGUUGUUUUACAUUUAAACUAAUUAAAAGUCAUGAAUGCA